AACCCUAGCUCUCAGUCUCCGCCGUCCGUCUUUGCAGGAAGGAGGAAGAAGCAGGAGGAGAGGCAAAAUGACGACCCGCUUCAAGAAGAACCGGAAGAAGCGCGGCCACGUCAGCGCUGGCCAUGGACGCAUCGGGAAGCACCGGAAGCACCCCGGAGGCCGCGGGAACGCCGGUGGUAUGCACCACCACAGGAUCCUCUUCGACAAGUACCAUCCCGGCUACUUCGGCAAGGUCGGGAUGAGGUACUUCCACAAGCUCCGGAACAAGUUCUACUGCCCGAUCGUCAACAUCGACAAGCUCUGGUCCAUGGUGCCGGAGGAUGCCAAGGCCAAGGCCAAGGCCACAGCGGACAAGGCCCCGGUGAUCGACGUCACGCAGUUCGGGUACUUCAAGGUCCUCGGGAAGGGAGUCUUGCCGGAGAACCAGCCGAUCGUCGUCAAGGCCAAGCUGGUGUCGAAGACCGCGGAGAAGAAGAUCAAAGAGGCUGGCGGAGCUGUUGUGCUCACCGCUUAAUUAGGUUAAGCUUUUCGCUUCACUGUGUUUUCUACUUUCAUUACGUUUUUUGCGGAUUGAGAUUAUCGAAUUAGAUGUUAUGUGCUAUGAUAGAAUUUUCCUUGUUGAUCGUUCCAAUGGUGAAAUUCCUCGUCUUCAGGCUAAAGUUACAACCUUUGCUCAAA